GAUAAUCAAGUAAACGGCUGCCACGGGUCUGCCCCUCUCUCAACGGUCGAAUGAGUAUUCGAACAUACAAUCCAAACGUGCGCGUCGGCAACUGGAACGAAGAUGUCUGCCUUCAGGAGGACUUGUUGAAAGAUUUCCUAGACAAGAAGGACAGGGGAGAGCUACUCAUUCACAAAACUCACAAUCUCAUGUCAACCAUCUUGAGAAAGGUUGAACUAUCUCAUUAUUCUGAUGGUUUUGUGCAUAUUGGGGACAGAAUUUGCUUGUACAAUCCAAACUCUCUGACUGUGUUGAGUGCUAAUGUAUCACCAAGUGACGCUCUGGAGGCAAAAUGUAUUCCAGCUCCAUGUCAAGUUUCUAGCUCGCAGCGGGUGGAACCUUGUCCACGAAACACAUUUGUUAUUAGAAGUUGUGAUGGAACUGAAGAUGGUCAACGUCUUUGUUACGAUCAACACUUCUUUCUUCAAACUUUGCCCGAUGAAGGAGGAGAGCUGUAUUUACAUAGUGAUCUGGCUACAUUUAUAAAAUCUGCAAAACAUUCUCGUCAGCAGGAAGUAAUGCUAGUGAAAGAUUCGUCAUUCAAGACUGCAUGGAAGGUGGAGUGUUUUGACCCACAGGACAGGCUAGAGAGCAAAGGAUGCCCAGUGAUGGCUGGACAAAAACUGUUGAUCAAUCAUUGCAAAACCAACCAGAACUUGUCAGCGCUUACAAAAUUUACUGUCAGAACUGCUUAUGGUCGUGAACUGGAAAUGACAGCACACACAGAACUUGAUUCACAUAAAGCCGAGUCGCCAUCCAAUCACUGGGUCUUUGUUCAAGACAGCAGUGAAGUGAAGGAUGGCGUGUUGACGACAGCUAAUCUGCAAGAGCAGGAGCAAAAGACAAGGGGAAUGCCAGUAGUUGUGUAAUGAAACAUGUAUUGGAUGUAGAUUAGACGGUAGAUCAACAGUUGUAGGGAUAGUGUUAUUAGAACUGCAGUACAAAUGUGUAACUAGAUGUUUUCAAUUUUAAAGUGUUGUGUUUA